AUCCGAGUUGUACUACCAUCUGCCGUGGCGAAAGCGAAACACAGCGAGAGGCGUAGAGUAGCACGCACGCCGCCGCCGCCGCCCUCUUCGUCUUCUCCACUGCUAACCCAACAGACGACGGAACCCAAAUCGCGCAAAUUCCAAUCCGGCCUCCAACAAGCAACCCCGCAGAAGCUCUGCCCGUUGGUGUGUCUCCUUGGUUCCUCGCGCCCGAUUCUCCCCGAUCCGGAGCAAGCAAGCGUGGCCGCGUGCCCCGCCUUGCCGCAGAUCGGGGAGUUAAGAGAACCCCAGGCAAGACCAGAUCGGCAGCGGUUGCGGUUGUUGUUGCGGCUGACGGAGAGAUGGCCGGGGGAAGGAACAGGAGAGGGGCCGGCGCCGAGGAGCUGAGGAUCGGCAGCGGCAACGUGUUUGCGGCGCUCGAGACGCUCAAGAAGAAGAAGCCAGCGGCAGCCGAGAAGAAGCAGGCGCCGGUGGUGGAAAAGCCGGAGGUGUUCUGGGCGCCCGCGCCGCUCACGGCCAAGUCCUGGGCCGACGUUGAGGACGAUGACGAUGACGACUACUUCGCCACCACCGCCCCGCUGUGCCCCGUGCGGGAGGCCCAGGGGGACGACGCUGAUGCCGGCCACGAGGACGACAAGGAGCACUCUGCCCUUGAACAGGAAAUUGAGAGUGAAGAUGAUAGCCUUGAUGAUGAGGUUGAUGCUGCUGCUGAGGAUGAACAUGAAGCAGGAGAUGCUGUCCCUUCUGAGCCGGCAGUUCAGAAAGCUGUAGCUCCACUAGUACCUCCUAAAGAUACCGAAAGACAGCUCUCCAAGAAGGAGUUAAAGAAAAAGGAGUUGGAAGAGCUUGAUGCUGUAUUGGCUGAGUUGGGAAUUUCAUAUGAAUCAAGUAAUGCUACUCAAGAUGAAACAAAUGACAAGGAAGGUAUGGGCCAGGCUGCUGAAGCAGGGAAAAAGGAAGAUGCAUCCGCUCCUCUGGAGAGUAAGACCUCCAAGAAGAAGAAAGCUAAGAAAGACAAGUCUUCAAAGGAGGCAGAAGAAACACUGGAUCAGAACAAUGUGGUCGACAAUGCUGCUGGUGUAGAACCUGAUGAAGAUGUUGCUUCAGUGGAUGUCAAGGAGCGCAUAAAGAAAAUAGCAUCAAUGAAGAAAAAGAAAUCGAGCAAAGAGAUGGACGCAGCAGCAAAGAUUGCAGCAUCUGAGGCGGCCGCUAGGAGAGCAAAGCUUGUGGCAGCGAAGAAGAAAGACAAGAACCACUAUAAUCAGCAGCCCCUGCGGUGAAUUACUGCUCAGAUUAUGCAAUUCCUUAGAUACUGUGCGCCUCCACUAGGAGGAGGCCACCCUCUGGUGCGCAUCUUGGAAUUCUCUAUAGAUGGACUUGUUGUGUGCUGAGCUCUGAAUUGUUCAUGACAGAAACCCUUUUGAAUACUCCCUUCGUGGUGAAAUACUUGUCAGCGAAAUGGCUAGACAUAUUUUAGUUCUAGAUACACCCAUCUUUAUCCAUUUAUGCGACAAGUAUUUUCGGACCGAGGGAGUACAUGGUAAAUGUGGGUAUUUCGUACUA